AUGCUUCUAAACUUAUUUCGCGCAUUUACGCCUGACGACUUUGUCUGGCGCCACGAUAUCACGACAAACGCAGAUCUACUUGCGUUCAUCCACAGCAUGAUCCUCCCUCGGCCUAGCAAAGCUGUUCAAGUGUACAUGGUGUUAGAUGUCAUCCAAAGCCUCGUCACGGCCGGACUCUGCGCGAACGUCAUCCUGAAAAAGGGUCGUGCACGCAGCACCCGCUUCAUCAUGCUACCGUAUAGCUUUGUUCUCACCUGCAGUCCGCGAUCACCGAUCUCAAAUGUGUCCAGCACGCGUCGCAAAGGCCUUCUCACAUCCAGACGCAGUUGGAUCCACCUUCCGCUGCCCCAUUCAGCGUGGGUGAUGAAUACGUUCAUGGUCGGUGUUGGCGUCACUAUGCUUGUCUAUAACGGCGUCAUGCUGUAUUUCAGCGCUAGACAGAGGUAUCUAGCCAACGCAAGGCCCCACGGCAUCUACAGCGAUCUUGCGUCCAAGCAUCAUACACGAGAAUGGCUCGAUUCAAUGCCCACAGCCGAAGCGUUGUACCAAACCAAGUUGGCAUGGUGUGAUCUGGUCAACGUGUAUCGCUGGUGCUGUGCAGGGCUUGCAUCUUACAUGGUGUUGGUCGUGUUGAUGAUCGCCAUGUUGGUGCUGUAUGCGGUGCCAAAUCAGAUGUAUCUGCUGGAUCAUCUGCUGCACAUGUACCCAGACGAGCACUUUGUGCAGCCGAGAAAACGUGGCUUAACGCACACGAUACCAGCUCUGUGGAAGAUCGGAAGACCAAGCAAGUUGUCCGGCAACCAGUACUCGGCUUUCAAGAAGACGUGGAUGAUGAUCGUGCUAGGACAUUCGCAGGUGGUCCUGCUGCUUGCGGGGGUUUUCGCUUUUGCCGUACCUCUAUUCUACCUAUAUUUCGUGCCGUGGUACAACCUGUUUCACGGCAAGAGCGCAGAUCACCAGGUCGAGUUCAUUGUUUCGUACAUUAUCUCGGCGGCUUUCCUUACAGGCGGUUGGAUUACAGCGUUCUCAGCCAUGCUCACGUUUGACGACGUCUACCGCGCCGUUUUGGGGCUCGGCAAUGCGACCACCGAAAGUGGUCCGAUGUCCAGGACUGUGGAUAGCGACUCGACUCUACACGUCUCCAAUGAUGUUGAAAGUGAUGCGCAGCGUGAGCACCCAACCAAGCUUCAAAGCACUCUGCUACAUCACGCCGCUCCAUCUUCGCCAACCAUCGAUUCGUCGGACGACGAAAAGUCGACCCACUGUCUCGAGCACAAUACCACGUCCCAGUCCAGCACCAACAGGGUACUCGUUGUUACCAGCACCACCGUGCGAGUUGAUCACGAUCCGCCCCCGAUCGAACCAUCCGACACCAUCCCCAACACUUUAUCUAACCCUAACCAGUGUUCGUCGCCAUACAGCUUUCUCACACGAAACCGGAUCACGAACCAGUCACACAGCCGCACGCUCCCUCCCGGCAAAGCCAACACCCUCUCCUAA